AAUUGUCGUCGUUCUUCUGGCAGAAAAUUUUGAUGAUUUAAAUAAGUGAGAAACAAAAACGGAUACGAAGAGUGUUUUAAGUCUACAGACAGAACUGAGGCAUCAUGGGAGUAAUUGCACUCCUGAUGUUUCAACUUGUCAUUCUCUGUUUCCCGUCAUCCCAUGCGGAGGAAUACAAGUUCUGUGAUGCGAAGCCACUUGGCAAGUACUGCUUGGCUGACUACACAGGAUGGCGAGAGUGUUUAAUUGAUGCUUUGGAUGAGCCCGCGGAAGAGCUUCAUCAUUGUCCAGCUGGCUCCAAAUGUGUGUGCAAUAGCAAAACUGAACUAGGCUUCUGUGUAACGCACACGCCAAAUCCCUGCGUCCGAUCUGGGGCCGAACGCGUUCGGCCCGAGUUUCCCCAGUCGUACUUUGGCGUGAUAUUUGUAACAGACGCGUUCUGUGACAAGGAUGGCUGCGAAGGACGGAUUGUAGUGAGUGAAAAAUACCGCGAUGACAAGAAAGGUGGCAGAUCACGUGAAGAUCUCGUGAUGGGGCUGACGCAGCACAUGACAGUGAUAAUUGUGCCUGAAGGAGAAGGGUGGUCUCAGUACGCAAUCGAUUUGAAGGAGGGUGCACCUUUGUGCAACAAGACCAUACUUCCAGAAUUCCGAGGCCUCACGAAAGUUCCCGACAAUUUCCAUUACAACGGUACCGUGGAAAUCCUUGGCGUCGAAUGUGAAGACUGGAUUUACGAAGCCAACAGUCAGGGAAACUUUAGUGCCGUGAAGGAUGAAGCAAAAAACGUUGGAUUUAGCCAAACAGUUCGCGACAAAAUUCUUACUCGCCUCACAGAUAAUUUAGAGACGAAUGCUCUCGGGGGUGGAGGACAAGUUGUCGAGGUGCAUCACAUCUACGUGGCUAAAAUCAACGGUACUAAUGUACCUCUGAAGGUAGAAUUCGCCAUUGCUAUUCCUAAACAAAAAAUUUUUACCCACUACAAGGAAUUUAUGGUGGCCUAUUAUCCAAAUAAGUCUAUCAGCAUAAGCAGCGAGUCCCGGAUAUUUGAUCUCCCGGAUGUAUGCACAAUUCAGGAUGAGGGGGAGGGUGGGGCAAUCGAUGACGUACCACUGGAUAUUCAAACUGUCAAACGUCAAAGGCAUCAUGGGAACGAAGGAAUGAAUGCUAGAGACGAUGAAUUUUCAACAACGAAGCGAUUUGUUCUGCCUCCGGUCACACACGAAAUGGGUGACGCCUCCGACAUUUUGGAGCACUAUCGAGUGGCGGAUCAAGUGAUGCAAGCAAUGCAGAAAAACAGAAAAUGAGUCCUUUAACUUUCAACUUUCAAUGCUCAACAAUCAAGGUUUAAGAAAAUAAAAACAAGCGUCCUGAUACUCCAUAUCAUCUAGCAAAAGAUUGCUUUUAGUGCAAAGCUUUGCAAUUUAUGCAUUUUUGUGUACGUAAUAGAUGAUAAACAAAUGACUUAUGAUUAACAUAAAUGUUCUGAUGUGUAAAACAAAGGAACAAUUCAAAGUAAAAUAAUUUUUUGUGUUGAUGAAAAAUCUUUAUUCUUUGCAUGUUUUACUUGGUUCAAAAGAUUUGCUAAAACAUCACGAAGCCAUAUCAUUUUUCUUUAACAUCAUUUUUCUGCCUUAUAGAUACUUGUUGUCAACUUCAUAAAAAUUUCAAGGAAUGCAUGUCAAUCAAGUCAUCAAAACAGAAACUAUUGAAUCUACUCAUCAUGAUAGGUUCAACAUGCAUCUACGUCGUUAACUGAUCGCGUCAAAAAAUCGUUUUCUUGAAAUUCUGUCGGAAAUUACCGUCUAACUUGAAAAUUUUGCGGGUUUUAGGGGCUGUUUUCGGUCAGUAGUGAUAAUCUCCCGACGAAAACAACCAAACAAACAAAAAAGCAAUAUACGGCUCGACAAUUUCGGCUUUAGCUUUCGUCAAAUGAUAAUGUCCUUGUGCGAAGUACUCUGCUUGCGUGUGGAAGUUUGUGUUUCCAAGCGCGAGCUUCAAUGGGGUGGACAUUUGGUCGCCAUGUUGAACGAGUGGAAAAUCUGGCAUGAGUAACAAAACGUCCAAUAUGGCGAAUACAGUUCGUAUUUCACACAGAAGAUCCAAAGGGAUACAGUGGAAAACUUAGUUCCUUUCCUUUUCAUAAUGUUGUAUUGCUUAAAACAGAGCGAAGAUCACAAACAUCUUAUUCCUGCAAAAA